AUGGACUCCUCAUCAGGGACGCUAGACCUGGAAAGUGUCAAUCAACAGCUCCGCAAGCGAUUGACGCUCACCUUUCGCGACCUCAAUGUCCGCGUUACUGCGCCUGACGCGGCGCUGGGCGACACGCUGCUCUCCUACGCCGAUCCACGUCCGUAUAUAAACAUGUUUCGGAAGAGUCAACAGCCGAAGAGGACAAUCCUCAAAGAUGUGACCGGCCAAGUCAAACCCGGCGAAAUGCUCCUAGUCCUCGGCCGUCCCGGCUCAGGAUGCACCUCGCUUCUCCGUGUCCUCUCCAACGACCGCGCCACCUUCGACGAAGUCAUCGGCGAGACGCGCUACGGCAGCAUGGACCACAAAUCAGCACAACGGUUCCGCCAACAGAUCAUGUUCAACAACGAAGACGACGUGCAUUUCCCCACGCUGACGGUAAACCGGACGAUGAAGUUCGCGCUGCGCAACAAAGUGCCCCGCGAGAGGCCGGCGCAUCUACAGGACGAGAAGGAGUACGUGCAGGCCACGCGGGAUGGGAUUCUAGACUCCCUGGGAAUUCCGCAUACGAAGAAGACGCUGGUCGGGAAUGAGUUUAUUCGUGGCGUGUCGGGAGGUGAGAGGAAGCGGGUGUCGUUGGCGGAGGUUAUGGCUGGACAGAGUCCGGUGCAAUUCUGGGAUAAUCCCACGCGCGGUCUGGACUCCAAGACGGCGGUGGAGUUUGCGCGCAUGCUGCGACGUGAGGCUAGCGAGAACGAAAAAACCAUUAUCGCGACGAUGUAUCAGGCGGGAAAUGGCAUCUACGAUGAGUUCGACAAGGUUCUGGUUCUGGCAGACGGCCGAGUCACGUACUAUGGCCCGCGGAGUCUGGCGCGUGCGUACUUUGAGGAAAUGGGAUUCGUUGUGCCCAAGGGAGCCAAUAUUGCGGAUUUCCUGACUUCGGUGACGGUGGUUACGGAGCGGAUUGUGAAGCCAGGAAUGGAGGACAAGGUUCCUCACACGCCGGAGGAAUUCGAGGCUCGGUUCCAAGAUAGCGUCAUCUAUGCUCAGGCUAUGGAGUCGAUCGAUCCGCCGGAGAAGCUGACUCAUGAAGAGGAAGAUCUGGCUGUGGCUGUGGCGAGUGAGAAGAGGAAGAAGCACCUCCCUCGUCCGCAGAGUCCGUAUACGGCCAGUCUAUGGAGUCAGAUUGCGGCAUGCACAGUCCGACAAUUCCAAAUCAUGGCCGGCGACAAACUCUCGCUCUUCAUCAAAAUUUUCUCGGCCAUCAUUCAAGCCCUCGUCUGCGGCAGUCUAUUCUACAACCUCCAACCCGACAGCAGCUCCAUCUUCCUCCGUCCAGGCGUCCUCUUCUUCCCCGUCCUCUACUUCCUACUGGAAUCCCUCUCCGAGACUACCGGCUCCUUCAUGGGCCGUCCCAUCCUCUCCCGCCAGAAACGCUUCGGUUUCUACCGUCCAACAGCAUUCUGCAUCGCCAACGCCAUCACCGACAUCCCCAUAGUCAUGGUCCAAGUCUCCUGCUUCUCACUAAUCCUCUACUUUAUGUCCGCCCUCCAAAUGGACGCCGGUCGCUUCUUCACCUUCUGGAUCAUCAUCAUCGUCCAGACCCUGUGCUUCAUGCAACUCUUCCGCUCCGUCGGCGCCGUCUGCAAACAGUUCGGCAACGCGUCGAAGAUUUCCGGUCUCCUGUCCACCGUCUUCUUCGUCUACGGCGGCUACCUCAUCCCGUUUGAGAAAAUGCACGUCUGGUUCCGCUGGAUCUUCUACCUCAACCCGGGCUCUUACGCCUUCGAGGCUCUCAUGGCGAACGAGUUCGUGGGUCUGCAGCUGCAGUGCAUCGAGCCGGAUUAUAUCCCCUACGGCGCGGGGUACUCGGACAGCGCGUCGGCGAAUCGUGGCUGCGCGGUGCUAGGGAGUAACGCGGAUGGAGUUAUUGAUGGCGAGUCGUACAUUCGCGAACAGUACAGCUACUCGGUGCACCAUAUCUGGCGCAGUUUCGGGAUCAUCGUGGGUAUGUGGGCGUUCUUCAUAUUUCUGACGGCCGUGGGAUUCGAGAUGCGGAAUAACCAGGCCGGUUCGUCUGUGCUGUUGUAUAAGCGAGGCAGCGAGAAGAAGAAAACGCUUGAUGAGGAAAAUAGUCAGGUCAAGGGCCCAUCCGAGGCUGCGACUGCUGCGGCGCUCAGCAAGACUGCCAAACAGUCGACUUUCUCGUGGAAUCAUCUCGACUACCAUGUUCCGUUCCAUGGGCAGAAGAAGCAGUUGCUGGACCAGGUGUUUGGGUUCGUGAAGCCUGGGAAUCUGGUGGCGUUGAUGGGCUGUUCCGGUGCUGGAAAGACGACCUUGCUGGAUGUACUGGCGCAGCGGAAGGACAGCGGUGAGAUUUACGGGUCGAUUCUGAUUGAUGGAAGACCCCAGGGUAUUAGUUUCCAGCGAACAACUGGAUACUGCGAGCAGAUGGAUGUGCACGAGGCCAGCGCGACGGUGCGAGAAGCGUUGGUGUUUUCGGCUCUACUUCGUCAACCGGCGGAGGUCCCUGAGGAGGAGAAGCUGGCUUAUGUGGAUCACAUUAUUGAUUUGCUUGAGUUGAGCGAUAUUCAAGACGCCUUGAUCGGAGUCCCCGGCGCCGGGCUCAGCAUCGAACAGCGUAAGCGAGUAACUCUCGGCGUUGAACUCGUGGCUAAACCGACUCUGCUCUUCCUCGACGAGCCCACAUCCGGUCUGGACGGACAGUCCGCAUACAACAUCAUUCGGUUCCUGCGCAAGCUGGUCGACAGCGGACAGGCAGUUCUGUGUACCAUCCACCAGCCCUCGGCUGUGCUAUUCGAAGCUUUCGACUCUCUUCUUCUGCUGGCGAAGGGUGGAAAAAUGGCCUACUUCGGAGAGACCGGCAAAGACUCCACCAAAGUACUGGACUACUUCAGCAAGAACGGCGCCCCCUGCGCACCAGACGCCAAUCCCGCCGAGCACAUCGUCGAAGUCAUCCAAGGCAACACAGAGGAAAAGAUCGACUGGGUGGAUGUCUGGAGUCAUUCCGAGGAAAGGGCACGCGCCGUCGAGGAACUCGAGGCAUUGAACAGCGAGAGCAAAGCCAACUCGCACGAGGAAGAGGACCAGUCGGAUUUCGCUACCUCGCACUGGUUUCAGUUCAAGAUGGUACUGAAGAGGAUUAUGAUUCAGCUGUGGCGGUCGCCGGAUUACAUGUGGAACAAAAUCAUCCUGCAUGUAUUCGCAGCCUUAUUCAGCGGCUUCACAUUCUGGAAGAUCGGUGACGGCACGUUCGCGCUGCAACUUCGCCUCUUUGCCAUUUUCAACUUCAUCUUCGUGGCUCCGGGAUGCAUUAACCAGAUGCAGCCCUUCUUCUUGCAUAAUCGGGAUAUCUUCGAGACCAGAGAGAAGAAGUCCAAAACCUACCACUGGCUCGCCUUCAUCGGCGCCCAAGCCGUCUCUGAAAUCCCCUACUUGAUCCUCUGCGCCACGCUCUACUUUGCCUGCUGGUACUUCACAGCCGGGUUCCCAGUCAAAGCCAGUAUCUCGGGACAUGUGUAUCUGCAAAUGAUUUUCUACGAAUUCCUCUACACCUCCAUCGGCCAGGCCAUCGCCGCCUACGCACCCAACGAAUACUUCGCCGCAAUCAUGAACCCCGUGCUCAUCGGCGCCGGCCUAGUCAGCUUCUGUGGUGUCGUGGUGCCCUAUUCCCAAAUGCAGCCUUUCUGGCGCUACUGGCUCUACUACCUCGAUCCGUUCACGUACCUAGUGGGCGGGCUCCUCGGCGAAGUCCUCUGGGACGUAGACGUGACGUGCAAAGCUGACGAUCUGGUGCGGUUUAGUGCGCCAGAUGGCCAGACCUGUGCGCAGUAUAUGGGUGACUUUCUAGCAAGCGGGACGGGGUAUUUGGUCGACGCUGCUGGUGGUGCUGGUGGGGAGUGUGCGUUCUGUAAGUACACCACCGGGGCGGAUUAUGCCAAGGGGUUUAAUCUGUUGGAGAGAUAUUAUUCUUGGAGAGAUACGGGUAUUACGGCGCUGUUUUGUAUCUCGUCGUAUGGAUUGGUGUUUUUGAUGAUGAAGUUGAGGAGUAAGAAGACGAAGAGUGCGCGGUCGGAUUGA